AUGGCUGUCCACUUAGCCGAUGUCGAUGUGGAUUUAUCUCACGACACUCCUCAUACUGCGGUGAUUUUUGCUGAUAAUGGGCCCGAGAAGAACCCAUCCUACAUGGGACCGAAUGAUCUUCAUGGGACAGGCAGCGCAAUAUCAACCCCGACCGAGACCCCGGCCACGCGGUCAGAGUCUGUGGUCCUGCAUGCCCCGUCGCCUUUUUACCCGGAGUCUUAUCACACUCCCGCUGCAUCUUCUACACCUCUGGCUGUAGAGCCCUCCAGACCCGAGAGUAGACUUGAUCUAUUGCACAUCCUUUCAAGCUCUCCAUAUGGCACCCCUUCCAAUACGGACGACUGGGCAUGCGACCUUGAACUCAUGCACCAUUACUGCACUGUGACAUGCAAUAGCCUCACAAUUCGUGAAGAUGCUCGACAUGUCUGGCGCAUUGUUCUGCCCAUGGAGGGCUAUUCGAAUUCGUACUUAAUGCACGGGAUUUUGGCACUGGCUGCCCUGCACCGCGCGUGUCUCUACCCUGCCCAGAAAGAAAAGUAUAUCAAAGCAUCUUCCUACCACCAGGCAGCCGGAUUAAAAAAGUUUCGGGAACUCAUCGCUUCUCCAAUCGACCCUAGCAACUGGCAGCCCGUGUUUUGUUUUGCUUCCAUGAUUAUGGUCUAUGUCUGCGCCUCGCCGAUUCGGUUAGGUGCGGAUCGUUGGCCGACCCCGAUCUUGAAUAUAGUUGAACUAUUUGCUGUUGUCAACGGGCUGCAAACGAUAAUGGAGCCAUGGCUACAUUCUCUUCGGAAGACACAGCUUGCGCCGUUGGUGAACUGCGUUUGGCUUGAUAAUGACAUGCUCAUCUCUAGUCCCUCGGUCAUGCAACAAUCAUUACUCCCUCCCGAUAUUCGGGACCGGAUAUCUCAACUUCACCAGUUCAUUGAUAAUUACCCAUUCCCUCAACCACAGACCCACCAAGACCAAAAUACUUCUGCGGGAUCACCAUCGACAGUUGACCACCGAGAAGCUUAUAAAAAUGCCAUGAAGUUCUUCGAACACUCAACCCGCCAACUCGAGCUUGCCGGCCCACAUAUCGAGACUGGUAUGAUCAUCAUGUGGGCAUAUUCACUUUCCAAACGCUUCCAAGAAGAUUUGGAAGCGUACAAGCCUGCUGCCCUGAUUCUUUUGGCUCAUUGGUGUGUGCUGUUACAUCUGAUUGACCAUUGCUGGUUUAUCAAUGGUGCUUCUCGUCAGUUGUUGGAGGAUAUUGAGAGUAAGAUCCACCCGGGGUUCCAGGAGUGGUUGGUUUGGCCUAAGAGAUGGGUCUACGGGAACAGAACUUCGGCGUGA